AUGCCUACAGAACUCGGAUGCGCUAUGGACACAUCUGGUCAACUCAAAGACGCCGACAACAUAGAUUGGUACCACUCUGAAUCAGACAGCCGCUCUCUUCCACGUCUUGCUGCAUCCACUUUGCCUGCUGUGAUAACAGCUGAGGCCUUAGAUUCUGACGGCAAGCCGAUCCCGCCAAAGCAACCUCAAGCAGCAAAUCGUGCCAAAUGCUCUCACAAGCCCUGUGCAAAGAAACUUAAGCCGGAUACUGGUGUUGAGAGCGAUGACAAGGAUGAUGACUUCACGAUGGGUUCAUCGGAUUCAGAGUCCAGCGACAGCUCUAUUGAAGUUGAAGCAGUUUCGAAUGCAGAGCUUGCCUCUGUCCUUCUCUCGAAGACUCUCCCAAUGAUGGGCCGCAGAUCUGGAACAAAAAAACAAAAGCGUACCGCCCCAACCAUUAUCAAGGUUGAGGACGAGGACAGUCCACAUCAAGUUUCCGAAUGCUCUCUGAGUCCAGACGAUGAAAACACUAUUUUGGAAGAGAUCCGACCUUUGGAUCAAGUAGGAUCAUCAUCUGGUAACAAGACAAAGAGUAAAUCUGCAACAAAGAAUCCCAUAGACUAUUUCUAUAAAAGUUUCGCCCGUGGUGCUGAUGGGGGGGUUGGGAACCCUGGCGACAAACAUUUCCAGUGCUGCCACAGUAAUCGCAAAAUUUUCACUCUCAAGAAAACCGGAAAAUCGAACCUCACAUCCAUGGUAAACAACUUGAAAGCAUGCUCACCAAGCAUGUUCCAGCUCUUCGUUGCGUUGAAAGAGAGGCCUUCCAAUCAACUUAUUACUGAGGACAAAAUCCGAAUCGCUUCUGGCGAAAAGGUCCUCGACCCCAGAAAAUCCAAGGAGUUCUUCAAGAACCUCAAGACAGCUUCUGAAAACAUUCGUGCCGCAUUUGAAAAGCAGGCCGUCAAUGCUGCCAUAAGAUCCUUGGGAUCAAGGAAAAUUCAAGCAGCUCCUUGCUGA